AUGCGAAGCCUUUUACAAAAUCUUAUCAAUAUAUCAAUUUUAAUUAGAUUCUGUAUUGCACACUAUUGUUCUGAUAACUGGGAGCUCUUAUAUAAAGAGAAUGUGCCAGUUUGUUGGACGCUGUUGAAAACAGCGGAUUUCAAAGCUGAUCAUAAGACGAAUUCGAAAAUCUGCGAAUCACUUAUUGGUGGAGAAGCCGCAGUGGUUCGCAAUUCAGCUCAACGCGCCGUUCUUUCGGAUUUAGUAAAUCGUCUCCCUUAUCCAACGCUGACUUGCUACAAAUCUUCUCACACAGAAAAUUUGAAAUUUAAAAGCGUGGAUUAUGAAGAGGUCCCUGAAUAUUUGAGAAUUCUGAAUGAGAAUGGGACGGUGAAAUUGAGUCGGGGGAUUCAGAAGAAUGAUCGGAUAACGAUUAGUUUUUCAAUAAAAGGAAAAAAGCCUGAAAACGGUCGGGGACUCGAUUCAACACUUUAUGGAUUCAUCAAAAUCGGAAAUUCCACAAAUCACACCGUCACAAUGGACUGCUUCAUACCACACACGUCUCCGCAAUGUAAAAUCACAGGUCUGAAGGGCGAAAAAAAAGAAAUUAUCUUUGCAAGGAGCGAAAUGAAGUCACAAGUGACAGUGGAAUAUUUCGGAACCGCCACUUUUGACUUCCUUGACGAGAAGAUCAAGGUUUUUGAACGCUACAACGAUGAAAAAUCUUCAAUAUCCUCCACAGGCAAUCCGUAUAUCGGAAAUGACCUAAUUUCCGUAGAAAAUAUAGUCGUGAGCAAUGUGGAGCACUCGAAACAUUGCAUUGGGAUGACGGAUUACGGUUUUGAGACUAUAAAACUGGAACCGGAGGCAAUGCCAAAACUCCAUUUUAAUUCUGAAAAUAUUGAAGCGCCGAGAAGGUCUCUGGGGUCAAACUACACAUAUUUAGUUUCUGAUUCUUUUUGGGAUUAUUAUAAUGGUCUUGACCUAGUUUUUGAUAUUCGAAUGUCUCAAGACAAGAACGGUACUGAUUUUAAAUGGGUUGCUAUUGACUUCUGGAGUCACUAUUUAAAUGAAUCGAUUUUUCAACUCAAUCUGAACGAAGAUCUUCUCGCCUUGACCUAUAUUUAUGAAAAUGGAACAACAACAAUGGAGCCAUAUCAUCAGAUUACUAGCAAAAAAGUUGUUUUGCAUCGUCUUGUGGACUUUCGAUUUACAAUCUCAUCUGAUACGUCGAACUAUGUAAAAAUCGAGACUGUCAUCAAAAACACCAACAUCGCUGGUCAGAAAUUCCAGGCAAACCAUUCUAUGCCUAUUCGAAAUUUCGACGAGAUCCGGCUCCGUUCCGACGUUGGAAUCUUCUACGACGUCAAGAUGAAGUCAUUACGAGAUGUUGAAAUUGCUACGUGCAACUUUAGGAAUUUGGGAUUGGACAGGUUCCAGAAAUCGGUGCCACAUAGGUCGAAUUGCAUCACAAAGCGAAAUAUUUUGUGCCAGAGGAACAGCGAAAAUAUUAUCCAGGACGUCGAUAUUCCAGAUGAGCCUGUAGAGAAGUUUGUGUGGAAGGAAGAUGUUGACGCUCCAGUUACAACGAAGAAACCAGAAAAAGAAGAACUUGUAGAAGAGAAAGAGGAAGAAGAUGAGGAGAUCGAGAUUGAAAAUCUAGGCAAAAGGAUUUCAAUGGAGUAUCAUCGCGAUGACUUCCCUCUGCCACGUCAGUCGCUGCGAUUUUUGUUUUGA